AGCCAGCCAGCCAGCCAGAGCCAGCCCAGGCCAGGCGCCUCGUCCCAGGCGGGGCCUCGCUUUCCGAAGCUCCUCCCGGGACACUGGAAGGGAAACGGGUUCGCAGACGCGACGACGGUCACAUCCCGCCUCUACCCCCCAAAAAAUCGAGGUUCCCUGCUCGUCCCCAACCGUCCGCACACAUGGAUUUAGACUCAGUGUUCUACACACACCAACAUGGUCUGCCCAGUAACCCGCUGCUGGACCAACUGCCCAGCUACCAGUCCCUGCUGUAUCGCAGGAAGUCCUCAUCCGCCAGCAGCACAAAGAGAAGAAGCAGCAUGCGUGGACGCUUUGGGUCGACGUCGAGCUGGCGAUGGAAAGGGGAGAAACUGGAGGAAAGGCCCAGGAGCCCCCAGCUCAAUCGACCCGUCCAUGAACUGACCCUCUCCAUAGAGGAGAAACGCAGAAAUAAGGAACAGCGCAUGGAGCAGGACAAGGACCUCAGCAGUUGGAAGCAGUGGCGGUUGAACACACACCGCCAUCUCAAAAGGCUGAAGGAGGAUGGUAUGGAGGUUCUGAGUGCCCUGCAGCUAUGGAGAGGGGACAUCCAUGUUAUUGAAGGGAUGUUUGGCACUGGCAUCCUGUCCUACUUUUCCUUCCUGCGUUUCUUGGUCCUGCUGAAUUUUGUCAUUUUCUUGCUCAUGUUCGGCUUUGUCAUGCUGCCCAUCAUCGCUGUACCAUACGCCUCGGGAAAUUCCACCUUCAAAGUACAUGAUGGUAAGAGCUUUUUACAUGUUUUGCUUGUUCCACUUUUGCAGGGCUUCCUGGAAAAGACAUACCUUUUUUAUGGGUAUUACAAGGUGGAAGCUGUUCAUUUCCCUAAAUUCAAAUACAAUCUUCCUCUUGCCUAUGUCCUUGUCACCAUUGCAUACCUGUUCCUGAGUCUCAUAUGGAUUGUGAAAAGGUCUGCGGCUGGCUUUAAACAGAACCUUAUCCAGGAUGAGGAUCGCUUCCAGAGCUUUUGUAACAAGAUCUUUGCAGGCUGGGACUUCUGCAUCACUGAUGAGAACGCUGCCAGGCUGAAAAGGAGUAGUCUGCUGUAUGAGCUGAAGACUGAUUUGGAGGAGGAGAGGAUUAAACAGAAAAUAGCAGGCCGAACACGCAAAGAGAAGUGCCGGAUAUAUUUGCUUCGGCUGGUUCUCAACCUGUUUGUGGUGACUGUGCUGGCCGCAUGCUUCUACAGCAUCUACAAGGCCACUGUCCUUUCUCAGGAAUCCCAGUUGACAGACUGCAACUUCAUUGUGAAGCUUAUUGUGGAGUACUUGCCUUCCAUUGUGAUCACUCUAGCAAAUUUCAUCACCCCGCUCAUGUUUACCCUUAUCAUCCAGUUUGAGGACUACUCUCCAGCCUUUGAGAUUCGAUUUACUCUCAUGAGGUGCGUGUUUAUGCGUCUAGCCAGUAUUGGGGUGCUGCUCUUCUCCCUCUGGUCUCAGAUUGCUAAAUGCGAGGAUGGUAACUGUUCUUGUGGGUACAACCAUAAGCUUUACCCGUGCUGGGAGUCUCGAGUAGGCCAGGAAAUGUACAAGCUCAUGAUCUUUGAUUUCAUCAUCAUUGGUGCUGUUACCAUUUUUGUGGAGUUUCCCAGAAAGAUUAUUGUGACAUACUGUGACUGUGGCUUGGCCAAGUGGUUGGGACAGCAGGAGUUUGCCAUCCCCCAGAACGUGCUGGAGAUUGUUUAUGGACAGACAAUCUGUUGGAUCGGUACCUUCUACUGCCCUCUGCUACCUGCCAUCAGCACCAUCAAGUACUUCAUUGUGUUCUAUAUCAAAAAGAUGACCCUGGUGAAUAACUGCCGCCCAGCCACCCGUCCCUUUCGUGCUUCCAGUUCCAAUUUCUUUUUCCUGGGAGUUCUGCUCAUUGGCCUAGCAUUAGCUUGUGUUCCCAUUAUUGUAAGCAUUGCACAGAUUAGCUGCUCCAAGGCGUGUGGACCCUUUGUCAACUAUGCCACCUCAUGGGAGGUGGUGCCCAAGACCAUAUCCCAGCUGCCCGAAGAACUGCGUUCCUUCCUCAUGGCUCUUUCCUCUGAAGCCUUUGCCAUUUCUCUCUUUGUUAUUACUUGCCUGGCUAUGUUUUAUGUGAUCGCGUUAGCUGGGGCGCACAAGGCUGUGGUCAACCAGCUAAGAGAGCAGCUGGCAGUGGAGGGUCGGGACAAGAGGUUCCUGAUUCAGAAACUGGUCCAGGCACAGAGGAAGACUAUGAGAUCCCUUAGCAGCACAACCAUGCAAGACAGACAUAGGCCACUUUAUCAUGGAGCUGAGAACUCCAGUUCCGAAGGGCUUUUUACACAACUGCCACCAGUGUCCGCCAGCAGCCACGCGUUCCCAGGGCGGUUGCGAGACGGCGAGGACGGUCGAGACCGGUUCAGGCGUUUUCUCCCCCCUUUUUCUUUUUCACCCUUCGCGGCUUCAAAGGCGACACGUACAAUGAUGUGGCUCUUCCUGGGAGUCGUGAGCGCGUGGCUCUCCGCGCUGAGGGCCGACGACAUGGUGGUGGGCUGCGGGGGCUUCGUCAAGUCCGACGUGGAGAUUAACUACUCGCUCAUCGAGAUUAAGUUAUAUACCAGGCAAGGAUCCUUAAAGUACCAGACAGACUGUGCUCCCAUAAAUGGAUAUUUCAUGAUCCCUCUCUAUGACAAGGGUGAUUUUAUCUUGAAGAUCGAGCCACCACUGGGUUGGAGCUUUGAACCCACCAGUGUGGAGCUCCAUGUGGAUGGGAUCAGUGACAUCUGCACCAAAGGAGAAGACAUUAACUUUGUCUUCACUGGCUUCUCUGUGUCAGGAGCGGUGUUGAGUAAAGGGCAGCAGCUGGGUCCCGCUGGGGUGGAGGUGAGACUGCGCCGGGAGGGAGCAGAUAGUGACCUGCAGACAGUUCUUACACAGCCUGGAGGAAUGUACACCUUUUUCAAAGUGCUCCCUGGGAAUUAUGAUAUCACUUCAUCCCAUGCAUCCUGGACUUUGGAGCAGAGCACCACCUCGGUCCGUGUUACAAACGCAAAUGCGGCAGUUGCAGUGCCCCUGGUGGUUGGAGGCUAUGAUGUUUCAGGAGAAGUACGCAGUGAUGGUGAGCCCAUGAAGGAGGUCACCUUCUUGCUCUUCUCAGCAACAGUCAAGAAGGAGGACAUCUCUGGGUGCAACACCUUGCCCGUGGAGGGCUUGCUUUUGGAUGAUGAUUCCAUCUUCUUCCUGUGCAGCGUUCUCUCCCGUGAGGAUGGCACUUUUACCUUCCCGUCUCUCGCCAGUGGACAGUACACUGUAGUGCCUUUCUAUAGAGGGGAGAGGAUUACUUUUGAUGUAGCUCCAUCUCGGAUGGAGUUCAAAGUGGAGCACAGUAGCUUACAGCUGGAGCCAAUCUUCCGUGUGAUGGGCUUCUCAGUGACAGGCAGGGUGCUCAACAGCCCUGAUGGUGAGGGCAUACCUGGUGCUACAGUCACCCUCAACAACCAGAUCAGGGUGCUCACCAAAGAAGAUGGCUCUUUCCGUUUGGAGAACAUGACAGCCGGAACUUACACCAUCCGCACAAGCAAGGAGCUCAUGUUCUUUGAUCCCAUUACUGUCAAGAUUGCCCCCAAUACGCCUCAGCUGCCGGACAUCAUUACUGCUGGGUUCAGUGUGUGUGGACGGAUCUCUAUCACCCGGCUGCCUGAGGGCUUGAAGCAGGGCAGGUACCGUGUGACUCUCACUGCCAUUGGCCAGGAUAAGGCUGCCAGUCGCACUGCUGAAUCUGACCAGCAGGGGGCAUUCUGCUUCCAGGCCAAACCAGGAGACUAUAACAUUCAGGUGUCUCUUCCUGAGGCAGAGGUGAAAGCUGGCCUUGCUCUGCAGCCUCAGGCUCUUCAAGUCUCCCUUGUUGAUCAGCCUAUGUCUGAUCUCCUCUUUACACAGUUUAUGGCCUCCAUUUCUGGCACGGUGUCCUGCCUGGCGGCUUGUGGGGACCUGACAGUGACCCUGCAACCUGUGAGCCGACAGGGGGAAAGGCGCAAUGUGCACCUCUCUGGACGCAGCGAAUCUCUCACCUUCUCAUUUGAUAGCGUCCUGCCGGGGAAAUAUAAGGCGAGCAUCUCUCACGAGGAGUGGUGCUGGAAACACAAGUCUGUGGAGGUAGAGGUUCAGGACACAGAUGUGCUCGGAGUGGAGUUCAGACAGACAGGAUACAUGCUGCGCUGCUCCCUCUCGCACGCUAUCACUCUGGAGUUUUUCCAGGAUGGCAGCAAACCUGAAAAUGUAGGAGUGUACAACUUGUCAAAAGGAGUCAACCGCUUCUGUCUAUCUAAACCAGGUGUGUACAAAGUUACACCACGUUCUUGCCAUCAGUUUGAGCAGGAUUAUUAUACCUAUGACACGUCUGCCCCCAGCAUCCUCACCUUGACCGCAGUAAGACACCAUAUGACUGGCCUCAUCACCACUGACAAGAUCAUGGAUGUCACUGUCACCAUCAAGUCCUCGAUUGAGAGUGAACCAGCUCUGGUGCUGGGGCCGCUGAGGUCUUUGCAGGAACAGCGGCAGGAGCAGCAGCUGCAGGAGAUCGAGCUGCGCCGGCAGGAACGGGAACGUCGUGGUGAAGAAGACGGCAAGGAGAGCCCACCUGUGCAGGAGAAGGCCGAAGAGCUGCACGGGCCUUUCCACUACGAGUUCUCAUACUGGGCCAGAGCUGGGGAAAAGAUUACAGUAACUCCAUCAUCCAAAGAACUGCUAUUCUACCCCCCUGAAGUGGAGGCCACCAUCACUGGAGAGGGCUGCCCAGGCCGGCUGGUGGACAUCACCGGGAGAGCUGGGCUCUUCUUGGAGGGGCAGGUGUUUCCUGAGCUGGAUGGCGUGGAGAUAUCAAUCAGCGAGAGAGGAGCCUCCACUCCGCUCAUUACCGUCCUCACUAACGAGAGGGGAGCCUACAGAGUGGGGCCCCUGCAUAGCAACCUGGAGUAUGACAUCGGUGCCAGUAAAGAAGGCUUUGUGUUGACAUCAAUGGAGGGUACCCAGGGUGACUUCAAGGCUUUUGCCUUGGCAGGUGUGACUUUCGAGAUCAAGUCGGAAGAUGGCCAGCCACUUUCGGGUGUGCUGCUCUCCCUCAGCGGUGGACAGUUCCGCUCCAAUCUUCUCACACAGGAUACCGGCCGCCUCACUUUCAACAACCUGAGUCCUGGCCAGUAUUAUUUUAAGCCCAUGAUGAAGGAGUUCCGUUUUGAGCCUGCCUCUCAAAUGAUAGAGGUGGAGGAAGGCCAGACGCUGAACAUUGCCAUUACUGGAUUCAAAACUGCGUACAGCUGCUACGGUGCAGUCCAGUCUCUGAGCGGCGAUGCAGAGCAAGGCGUGUCAGUGGAGGCCAUGGGCCAGGGGGAGUGCAGCCUGUACAGUGAGGACACAGUUACAGACGAGGAAGGCCGCUUCCGGUUGCGGGGCCUGUUGCCAGGGUGCAAGUAUUUGAUUCAGCUGAAAGCAGAAGGAAAUGACCACAUUGAGAGAGCACUGCCCCAACACAGAUCCAUAGAGGUUGGAAACAGUGACAUUGAAGGUGUGAAUAUCAUUGCCUUCAGACAGAUCAAUCAGUUUGACCUGAGUGGCAAUAUCAUCACCUCCCCUGAUCAUCUCCCCACACUUUCAGUGAAACUUUGCAAGAGUGACAACCUGGACAACCCUAUCCAAACUGUGUCCCUGGGACAGUCACUGUUCUUCCACUUCCGCCCACUGCCACGGGAUGGAGAGAAUUAUGUGCUAAUGCUGUACACCACACUGUCUAGCUCCCAGUAUGAGUACACGCUGCCCCAGGUUUCCUUCACUUCUACCGGAUACCACAAGCAUGUCACACUGACUUUUAACCCUGCUCGCAAAGUCCCUGACCAGGAUGUUGCUCAGGGCUCCUACAUUGCUCUACCCCUCACACUGCUUCUUCUCCUUGCUGCCUAUAACCAUGAGAAGGUAAUCCCGCUGUUACUGCAGCUGGUGAGCCGAGUGCAGGGGGUGCGGGGGUUGGCCCAGGCUGGUGGGGAGAGCGCCGCCCUUGAUGAAACCAAGCGGCAAGCCAAGAGGCAGAAGGCACGACGCACCUGAAGCUCAGAAUGGGUUGGAGAGGAGAGCAGUAUUACCUCUCAAGCCCACAGACUGGCAAAAUUAAUAUUGCGGGGAUGGAUUCAGCACUGAAGCACGUGACCAUAGCACACACUACCCGCUCGACUCCUGCCAGUGGGCUUCUGUGAACAAAAACCAUUGUACUGUUCUUUGUGGAAUUCAUACUGUCAAUAUGAGCUUUUCGCUUUUUUGGCUGUGGGCACUUGAGUCCGUGCAGAAGAUUUAAAGGAGGACAGCUGAGAUGAUAGUGCAUCUUUGAUUUUGUCGUCUGAAUAUUGGUUUUUUUUUUCCCUUUUUUUUUUUUGAGGGUUGGGGUGGCAUUUAUACAUAAUUUAAUGUGACUGAUUUGAGGAAUUUAACUGUGAUGUGAUUUUUGAAAUGGGAUUUUCAGUGGUCUCAGGGAAUAACUGAAUGUGUUUGCAAGGGGACAAAUGAAUGAAUGAAUCUUUUUAGAAUUCCUGCAGCAAAGAGUCAUGAGCAAGUUCCUUAGUAGUGUCUGCCAACACUUUAGUUGGAUUAAACUAAUUGGUGUCACUUUUUUGUCUUUCCCAAUUAACAAAAUCUCUAAUAUUUGUUAUUUUCCCCGCAAUACAGGGAGGACAAAGCAAUCUUAAUUUAUGUCCAUAUCUGAUCAAAUUGAGGUAAUGAAGAAAAAUAAGAAUCAGUGGAGGGGAAAAAAAUUAAGUGGCAAUUCCUAAAAGUGUCAGUGGGGGGAAUUAUUGAGCCAUCAGUCGGUACUCUGUGGAUGACUUAACCUCAGUUGCUACAGGCACAGUGACAGAGAAGGUCAGCGCUGGCCUCAGGGCAGAGGAGAGGUGGCUGCUCAGUGACUCAGUGUCUGUCUGUUUUCAAACUCUCUAAGGCAUGACUUCGGGUUAGUGUGGUGAUGCAAACCUGAAGGUCUCCUAGAUAUGACUGUAACUGCAUGGAGUAAAAGAGAACACUUGAAAUAACAUUGUCUCACACUUCUGGUGAUUUUUUUUUUUUUUUUUUGCUGAUAAAUUGCAGACAGUUGGCCAAAAGUGAUGCACUAUUUGCCAGAUCCAGUUAGUGGGCUAGUGGGAAGAACCACUUUCAAAUGAGUGUUGGCAUCACUCAUCCACUGUGCACACAGGCGGUUUCCAUGUCCUCUCUGCUAACCAUUAGAAAAGUCACUCAUGAGAUCACCAACCACGCUGAUGGUGGCAAAUGACUGUUUCCAUAAGCAUAUUUUUAGCAAAUUGUCAUGUGUCACAGUUCAUGUGCUCAUGGUUAUGAGCAAUAUUUGAUGACUGGGUUCCCAAGUAGCUUCAGUGUCCCUUUUCAUCCAUUUUAGUGCAUCCUAGUGAUAACAGCAUAAAAUGUCACCUUGGGCUUUUACAUUACAUUGACAUUUUUUCAUUUAGCAGACGCUUUUCUUCAAAGCGACGCGCAUGUU